AUGGAUAUAAGAUCUAGCGAAGAGAUAUAUGGCGGGAGAUUAUUACGCGAAGUUGAUGAGAGCGAAGAGAGUUUGGAAUCGGAAAUUGAAGCUGAUAAAUCACACGAGCUUCUAACAACUGUUACCAAUACAUUGGAUUCCCGUCCGUCGAGAACUCAUAUACGUUCUCUAGAUGAACUGUGGUCUCAUUCCUAUCAAAAUCAACCGAGACUGUCUGUUUCGGGGAGACAGUUGCCGCUGCUAAUUCAUAUAUUAACCACACUUCUGAGUAAUGAUGAUGGAAAGGUAGGAAAGUGCGUUGUAUUAAUCGAUGUGCAUUCGAGAUUUUCUCCUUCGUUUCUAGCAUUUCAAGAUGAAGAAGAAAAAGAAGAUGGUGAUGAAAGACUUGAAGCUGGACAGGAGGAGAGAUUAAAGAAGUCGGAUCUCAAACAUCUUCAUAUCUUUAGACCUUCAGCUCAGAACCUGGAAAGCACGUUGAAGGGGGUGGAAGAGUAUAUGUUGUAUGGGGAUCAUGAUAGUUAUGGGAGGGAGUUUGGAGGGACGAUACUUUUUGGGGUUGAGGGGAGGGAGGGGGUAGAUAUGGGGAGUUUGAGGGGGAUGGGGAGGCCGGAGGUGGUGAUGGGGUGGAGAGGGUGGUUGAGGGUGGAGAGGGAAGAGGUUGGGGUGUUUGGAAUGGGGGGGUAG